AUGGCCCGUGCAACUGCGACUAGGUCUGAUACAGACUCUGAUGGGGCAGAUACAGGUGACCUGUGCGAGUGGCAGAACUUGCUGCACCCGGGUGAAUAUGCCAGCAGCGACGAUCUAUGGUCGGCAUACAUGCACUGUAUCGCUGUUUCCUUGGUGCAGUUCGCGUGUGCGCCUGUGAUUUUUCUCUGUGCCUACAGUGACCACGGCUCUGCCGCCGGUGCGACGGUGGGUGUCGUGCUCAUUGGCUCCACGGCCUUCCAGUAUUGGCUGGUGUUCAGGCUGGUUUCGUGGCUGGAGCGGCAGCCAUGUAGGACCACAUGGCAGCACUCUAUCGAUGCUCUUGCCGACUUCGGGAGUACCUAUAAUCUGCGUUGUUUCCUCUCAGGCGCUCUCGCCUGCCCAUUUAGCGUGAUUGAAGCUAUAGAUCCCGCUCUGGAUGCCUGGGCAGCCGCGAAUGCAUUCAACCUGUACACGGAUGAUCUCCGUCUCAAGUUUGAGGCUUCUUGGAAUUACAUUCCGCUGCUAGGUUGGCUGGUCGCUGGUCUCGGAUUGCCUGGUGUUCUGCUGUCCAUACUUCUUUUCUCCAUGCUGUGUCAGCUCUUGUUUUUGUACCAGAAGGACCAGUAUAUUACUGCAGAAAGGCUGUUCGACAUGGAAGGUGCAGAGACAUGCAUCGAGCACAGAUGCAAGCUGUGGUAUGAGUGGAAACAUAUCACCGACCUCGGUGGCUUGCUGGUCCUACUCAGAGUCUUUGAGAAGUUGGUCUAUGCGGAGCUGGAGCUGGACACAAACGGAGCUUUGUAUCCUUUGGUUGAUCGGUGUUGGUCCUUUGUUCCUAAGGUACUUGCAGAAGCUCUUCCGAGUCUUUGGUUCCAAGUUUCCGUCAUCGCUCUGACGUACGAGUCAUCUUCACGCAGUGUACUCGCUAUAAAUAUGGUGUCAGUGGCCACCAGCGUGUUUGUUGUGGGAAGGUCGCUGCACCUGCAGUUGCAGACCAUGGUCAAGUCGUGGCAAAUCAGGACAUGUUCGUACUUCACGAAACCGCGCAUGUUGUUCUCUUGGGCGGCAUGGGUGUUAUCAUUCUGCGUUUUCUCUGUCUGCCUGAUGCGACUGGCAGGUCUGUGGAUCUGUCCCAGUCACGUUUAUUCGCUUCAUGGCGGUUGCUUCGAAUUUGAACAUCAAGAUCGCCAAUAA